AUGUUCUCACUCUGUAAUAUACAAAGUAAUAGUACUGUGCGACACUAUCGCACAUCAUCAAUCCUGAUAUACCGUAUUGGCCCGAAUAUAAGACGGUGUAUUUUGCAUUGAAAUAAGACUGAAAAAGUUGGGGUCGCCUUACAUUCGGGGUCUAGACAUUAUGCCCAUUUACAACGCUAGAUAGCGCCAGAUAUCUUCAAAGCUAAUGCUGAACUUAACUCCUCAGGCCAAAGCAAACCCCUGUCACGAAGAAUAAAAAUAAAAAUAGCGGUAACAGUUUGCAAUAUUUUAAGUUCAACUUUUCUUGUCCGUCAUUUGAGUGAGAGGACGCUGGCGUCUCGCUUGUUCGCCGCUUCUCCUUCCUUCCUUAGUUUUAGUUUCUAUGCGACUUAGUAUCUUUUUCUUUUGUUCUGUUUUGUUUCAUACUAAGUGUGUAUUAAGUGUGUAGCUUUCUACUUGUCAACUUUUACCCACUUCGUCACCUGGCAUCAGCUUGGAUUACUUUAUGACAGAUGACAGAUGUUUCACUCACCCGCUGCUCCACUGAUUCUCCUGGCUACCAUUGCCCAGCAACAACCUGCCGCUACGAGCUGUUUCCCGGACUUUUAUCCCGGAUCGCACCGCGGAUAGCCCUCCUGACUACCCGCCGACUGUCUGGUUAGCUGGCGGCUUCAGGGCUAGCCGGCAACCAGCAACAUCAGUACAGUUCCCCGCGACCAGUGGGCCGCGUAACUGGACGCCCCCGGCUUUCUGUGCCAUUCUCUGCCACUGUGUGAGGUAUCCCCGGACAGCCCUCCAGCUGCCGGUGCGAUUAGUCCUUGUUGACUGGGAUCGCUGCCUCCACAGUUAGCUCCCUGCUAACUAGCCGCCGCUCCGCGGCUUGUGGCUAACAGCUAGCCACAGUUAGCUCCCUGCUAACUAGCCGCCGCUCCGCAGCUGGUGGCUAACAGCUAGCCACAGUUAGCUCCCUGCUAACUCCCGCAAAUCACGGACCGCUGUCCCUCCACCAACUCCUCUCUCCUCUCCUCUGUCAUGCUGUGGAUCGUCGCGCUGUGCCUGUCUCUCCAUCUCUGGCCAACAAGUGUGCAGCCGUCGGCCAACGAUCCCAGGCUAAUAUCCACCACUGCCAGCAUGCUACUCAAAUACUCCGCUCUGCAACUCCUCAAACUCAACAACCACACCACCAUACCUCCAGACAUCACAGCAACCAUCAAAACACACGGACAGUUUCGCCGACCCAGAUACAUCCACAGAAGCUCCCGCAGAAAGUUUAUUUACUCCCGGACUGAACAACACUGCAUCCCAUCACUCUGGUCACGCAACCGAUCCACCCCCAGUGACGUCACACGUCACCACAAUAACAAACCACACGUGCGCUCUGCCUAUCUACAACUGUUAACCAAAGCUCCCCCACCCAUCCAACUUCACCCAUCCCUCAAAUUCGCUCUGCUCAAUACCCGCUCACUCAAUAAAAAAGGACCAAUACUCAGUGAAUUCAUAACUGACAACAUAGACUUUUUCAGCAUAACCGAAACCUGGCAAAAACCACUGGAAUACAUUCACCUCAACAGAGCUACACCCCCAGGAUACACCUACAUGGAUAAACCACGUGACGGUCGUGGUGGCGGUAUAGCCACAAUAUACCGCCAACACUUGAAACCCACUGCUGUAACCAUCACCACCCCCUCCUCCUUUGAGCACCAGUCAUUCAAGCUGCCUGGCCCCAAACCCCUGGUCACUGCAAUCAUCUACCGCCCCCCCAAACCCAACCCUGCAUUCCUUUCCGACCUCUCUGAAUUUCUCACCCAACUUUGUGCCAUUUCACCUUCAGUCAUCCUACUGGGAGAUUUCAACAUUCAUGUCGAUUCCACCACCUGCAAAACUGCCACUGAAUUUCUGGACAUUCUCAACUCAUUUAAUAUCACUCAACACGUUGACUUCCCCACCCACAAAAAAGGACACACCCUGGACUUAAUUUGCACCACUGGACUCUCCAUCAGCAACCUCACCAGCUUCAACCUCACAGACAUCCUCUCAGACCACCUGGCCCUCACCCUGGACAUAGACAUCCCCACCCCCCUUAUCAAGCAGCAAUGCUCCAUAUCAUACCGGAACAUGAAAUCAAUCCACCCCCCCCUCUCUUUCCGCCCUACUGACUAACACCACCUCCGAUCACACCCUCACUUUGAACGCCUCCCCCACUGAACUGGUUAACAGCUACAACAGCGCACUCUCCUCCUGUCUCAAUCAACUCGCCCCCAUAAAAACCAAAACUGUCUCCUACACCCACACCGCCC